AUGAGUUCCCCCGUCCCCGCUGCACUGCUGGUAUCUGCAGCGGUCCCAGCAUUCAAGUGUCCUGCUGGGACCAAGAUGCAUAUUCUCAACUUGGGUACUCUCCAAGCAGAUGAAUCAUGGAUUUUCCGAGGGGGCAAUACAAGUUCCUUGAGCAACCCUAAUCCAGUGAACAAACGUCGAGAUUUAGUGGUCCUGGCCGCUCUCAUUGAAUACCCGGGAGUUGGCCUGAUUCUUUAUGAGACUGGCUGUGCUGAGGACCUAGAAGUGAAAUGGCCAGCGCCAGUCACGGAUGUCUUUCCACGAGUAGAAUACUCAGACAAGCACAAGCUCCCAAAUGCUAUCAAAGCCACUGGGAACGAUAUCAAAGAUGUGAAAGCGGUCAUCAUUGGACAUCUGCAUCUUGAUCAUGCCGGAGGACUUGAGCAUUUUGCAAACACAGAGGUCCCAAUCUAUGUCCACGAAGAAGAAUUCAAGCACGCAUGUUGGGCGAUCGCAACCGGGGCGGACUUGGGCGUCUACCUGGCGCACUACAUGCUGCUCGAAGAGCUCAAGUGGAAUACCUUCAACGAGUCACAGCUUGACCUUUUCCAAGGCAUCACUCUCCACCAUUCACCUGGUCACACUCCUGGACUAUGCAUCAUGCAAGUCAAUCUUGCCAACGACGGGUCAUUUAUUUGGACCACGGAUCAGUUCCACGUUGCAGAGAAUUAUGAGCUGGGCCAUCCCCACGGAGGCCUAGCUCGGGAUCACAAUGCAUGGUAUCGCAGCCUUAACAUGAUCCGCCGACUUCAAAGACUAUACAACGCAACGUUGAUCUUCGGUCAUGACAAGGAAGUUGCGUUCAGGCUUAUCGAUGCAAAGCCGUACUAUGAGUGA